AAAAACAGGUGAAGUCAUUAUCUCAUUCAUAUCCACACAUCCAAUUUCUGAAAUGACAUAUCCUUCACACAGUUCAAUCAUACACUGCUCCUGCUGAAUCUGCAGAAUUCUUCAUUAUUUCACUUUAGUAGAAUUCAUCUUCAUAGCUUGUGGUGCUUAGAUUAGAGGGUUCAAAACCUUAUUGCUACUUGUGUUAUACUCAUGUCUGAAGAUCAAGAAUCCUAAACAUAUUCGAAUUGAAUGCAAUUUUUAACGAGCUUAGCCUACCCUCCGGGCUAUACUAAUAAUAGAUAUUAUGAUGUAGUGUAACAAAUAUAUUUUGACUUUUUAGUUGGUCAAUAACUAAAAUAAUGUUAUGUAAAAGACUUGUAAGUUAGCAAAAGAGCUCAUUUUUAAGCCAAAGUUAAAAAAACUAUAAUAAGUGAAUUUUUCACUAGUUUUUAACUUUUCAUCCAAGUAUCCAAUAUCUAUUUCAUCUAUAUAAUAUGUUGGUUGACCAUAGAUACCACAACACAAGACAAGCAUUGUUUUCUAAUGUUGUCAAGAGUCAACAUGAAAUGGUUGAGAGGAAAAAAGAAGAAAAAGGGCACAUCUUUUCAAGUAGAUUACAUAGUAAGUGUGUUAGAAAUCAAGCCAUGGCCACCAUCCGUUGCAUUAUGUUCUGUACAAACAGUCUUAAUCCAAUGGGAAAAUGGUGAUCAAAAUUCUGGGUUUUUACCUCCUGGUGUUCCUUCCCUUAAUGGGUUUGAUGAUGGUAAAAUAGAAUUCAAUGAAUUCUUCAAACUUACAGUUACAUUAACAGGUAAAAACAGUUUGUCUUUCCAGAAGAACAAUCUAGAAUUUCAUUUGUAUGAACCCAAAAAAGAUAAGGCUGUUAAAGGACAGUUAUUGGGUACUGCUGUAAUUAAUCUUGCAGAAUUUGGGAUUAUUACGGAUGCUAGGACUUUAAAUACUCCUAUAAUUAUAUCUAAGAAGGUUUCUAAAGGUACAGUUCAGCCUGUUCUUUAUGUUCAGAUUCAACCAUUUGAUAAUGAGGGGAUUGAAUCAGUGUUAAGGAUGAUGAGUGAACAGUGUGAUGAUGAUUCUGAGUUCACAUCUAUGACUGAUGAUGAUGAUCAGGGCGGUUCGAUUUCUUCGAGGUCUAUGAGUUUUCAUGCUGGGAAUUCUAGUAUUCAGAUUGAUGAAAUGCUUAACUUUGUCAAUGUGGGUCUAAACUCGGAUCUUGUGGGAGCUGCAAAGGUACAGGAAUACGAAAAGGAUGACGGACGGGUGAGGAAAUCGAUAGAGAGCAAGGAUUACGCGCAUAGUGAGGAUGAUUUGAUCACAGGAAGGAACAGUUUAGAAAGCAAUAAUGUAUUUGGAAAAUUUUCUGAAGUUGCAACAACAAAAAAACAUACCUCAAGAAGUAUUAGCACUCUGAAAUUUGGCAAAAAGGGACUUGAUUUGCAUAGUUUUGGUGACAAAUUGAAGCAUAUAAAAUCCGUCAAAGUAUGUUCUGAUUCUCCGAGGGCUAGUCCUCCAAUGCCGUUGCAGUUCUUUGACAAGUCGAAGGAAGAAAGCGCUGUAAAAGAGGUACAAGUCGAUAUAAAAAGUCAGGAAAAGAGUGAAAAGAAAGAAAAGAAGAAUGUUAAACCUGAUAAGACAGCUGCACUUGAGUCAAAAAUUAAGAUGCUUGAAGAAGAGUUGAGAGAAGCUGCUGCACUCGAGAUUGGACUGUAUUCAGUUGUAGCCGAGCAUCUGAAUUCUAAACGGAAGGUUCAUGCACCAGCCCGAAGGCUUUCAAGGUUUUAUCGUCAUGUUUGUAAAAUGGAAUCACAUAUUAACCGAGCAAGUUCUGCUCGAACUAUCGUUUCAGGACUCGUUAUGGUUUCCAAAGCAUGUGGAAAUGAUGUUUCAAGGUUAACCUUUUGGUUAUCGAACAUGAUAAUACUGAGAGCUAUGGUGAGCCAGAUAACGGAAGAAAUCCCUCCUUCGGUUGAACCCACCAACACUGAAACAAAACCCAGGAGAAAGAAAUCGGAGGAGAUUUCUCUCGUAAACGACACUAUCAAUAGUUUGGGUGAUUGGGAAGAUCCAAAAACAUUCAUCAUGGCACUAGAGAAGGUUGAGGCUUGGCUGUUCUUUCGGAUUAUUGAAGGCUUAUGGUGGCAGAGUUUUGCACCCCAUAUGCAGCCAACAAAGAAGAAAAAAGGAAAGAGGCUGACUGCGAGGAGAACUCAGAGAUGGAAAUUCGGUUUGGGGGAUCAGGAGCAAGGGAAUUUUUCCACCGAGCUUUGGAAGAAAGCUUUCCACAAUGCCUGUGAACGGCUUUGUCCUAUUCGAGCUGGUGGUCAUGAUUGCGGUUGUUUGCCCAUGUUAUCAAAAAUGGUAUUAGAACAGUUGGUGGACCGAUUAGAUGUCGCGAUGUUUAACGCCAUUCUGCGUGACUCAGAAGACGAGAUGCCAACAGAUCCAUUGUCGGACCCCAUCAGUGAACCUAAAGUUCUGCCCAUCCCUGCAGGCAAAUCCAGUUUCGGUGCUGGUGCACAGCUGAAAAAUGCAGUCGGAAGCUGGUCGAAAUGGCUCAGUGAUUUUUUCGGUCUUGAAGAAGAUGAACCAUCAAAAGACAAGGACAAAUCGAACCAAGAAACAAGUUAUAAGGCCUUCCAUCUCCUUAAUGCAUUAGGUGAUCUCAUGAUGCUUCCACUCGGAAUGCUGUCAGAUGCCUCCACAAGAAAAGAGGUAUGCCCUAUAUUUGGUGGAUCUCUUAUCAAAAGGGUGUUCACCAACUUUAUACCUGAUGAAUUCUCUCCCGAUCCCAUUACAGACGAACUUCUCGAAUCGUUGGAUUCCGAGAAUUCUCGAAAAUCUUCGAACGACUGUAUUACAAGCUUACCCUGUGGGGCCAAACCUGUAGUAUACUCACCUCUUCCGACAGUAUUAUUCUCGGGUUUGUUGGGAGAUUCAAGCAGUCAAGCUCAAAAGAAAAAUGGAUCGUCAUUACUUAGAAAAUCACAUAACAGUGAUGACGAGCUUGACAAGCUGAGUGUACCACUAGCUUCGAUCAAUGUUCAGAAUAUCUGCACUGAACCCACCUCAUCAAAGCCUAACUGGAUGCCUAAGGGAAAAGGCGGAAGAGAUGUCGUUAGGUAUCAACUCUUGCAGGAAGCGUGGAGGAACGGGACCUAAUUUACGGCUUAAGUAGCCUAUGCAGUAAUAGAUUUCCCUAAAAUCUAAACAGAAUGUUUUUCUAAAGAUUUUGUACUUGCAGAUUUGGAGAGAACACUCCAUGGUUUUGUAUUGAUAAAGUUAAACUUGAGAAAGUUUCGAGCGAAAAACUUGAUGAAUUUGUAUUUGGUAAUCAUAAAUAUAUAGGACAAAAUUCAGAGAAUAAAAAAGAUAGGAACCUACAAAA